CCCUCCCCCUUGGCGGGUUCUCACAGGCCGCGCGGGCAGCGCGAGCCCCGGAGCCCCGGCGGCCUGUGCGCCCCGAGCCGGCAUGAAUCCCGAGCGCUGCGCGCCUUUCGGCGUAGAGCCGGGGCCGGGACCCGACCCGUAUGCGGCCACGGGGGACGAACCCCCAGGCGCCCAGGGAAUCUCCGCCGCUGUGCCUCACCUGCACCCCGUGCCGCCCCGCGGUCCGCGGCUGACCCGCUUUCCGGCCUGCGGGCCCAUGGAGCCCUACCUCCCAGAGCCAGCCAAGCCGCCGGCCAAGUACCUGCAGGACCUCGGGCCCGGCCCGGCGCUCAACGGCGGCCACUUCUACGAGGGCCCUGCGGAAGCCGAGGAGAAGGCCUCCAAAGCUACCAACUUCCCCCAGCUGCCCUUGGACUGCCGAGGGGGCCCCAGGGACGGGCCCUCUACCCUGCAGGGCUCCCCAGGUCCUUGCCUGGCUAGUCUGCGCAUCCCUCUGUCCCCGGGACUCCCUGACUCCAUGGAGUUGGCCAAGAACAAGAGCAAGAAGCGCCGUAACCGCACGACCUUCAGCACGUUCCAACUGGAGGAGCUGGAGAAAGUCUUCCAGAAAACCCACUACCCUGACGUGUAUGCCCGGGAGCAGCUGGCUCUGCGCACAGACCUCACGGAGGCCCGGGUACAGGUCUGGUUCCAGAACCGCAGAGCCAAAUGGCGGAAACGGGAGCGUUAUGGGAAGAUCCAGGAGGGGCGGAACCCCUUCACAUCUGCCUAUGACAUCUCUGUGCUGCCCCGAACUGACAGCCACCCCCAGUUGCAGAACUCCCUGUGGCCCAGUCCAGGGUCUGGGAGCCCCGCCGGCCCCUGCCUCGUGUCUCCAGAGGGCAUCUCCUCCCCGUGCAUGUCUCCAUACUCCCACUCACACGGGAAUGUGGCUGGCUUCAUGGGGGUGCCGGCCUCCCCUGGAGCCCACCCUGGCAUCUACUCCUUCCACAGCUUCUCCCCCGCCCUGGGGGACCACAGCUUUGAGCCCUCCCCAGAUGCCGACUAUAAGUCUCCAAGCCUUGUCUCAUUCAGGGUGAAGCCAAAGGAGCCGCCCAGCCUGCUGAAUUGGACCACGUGAUCAGACGUGUGGAUGUGCAGACUAAGCUGCCACCCCUCCUGUUCCCGGCUGCUCCCACCCACCCUGGCUGGGAUGCCAGAGAGGACACACCUCUGCCUCCAAGACCCAGAUGGGCCCGGGGGGCCACGCAGAGCAGCUGGGACCCUCCGCCUCUCACUGAGUCUUUUCUCUUAGAAUACGGUGGGGCUGCCCCGGAGAAAGGGGACUUCGAAGCUGGUAGGACUCUUCCUACCACACACUGGGUCCCCUCACCCAAACGCUGGGCUGGGCUGGAGAAAGACACCGUCCUGCUUCCUUCAGACGCGUCUGAGUUUCACGGUUCCUCCUCCAGUGAACCGGCUUCAUUGGCUCCUCAUUCAGGGAAUGCAGGAAAUGAGAGGAGGACACAGGUUGAACCAGGAAGAGUUCUUGUUGUGACAGAGGAAACCAGAAUCUUGU